AUGAAGCUGUCCAUCGACACACUCCUGGUCGCAGCAGCCAGCGUGGUUCUCGGAGGCACCCUCGUGCCAGUCACCGACAACCCCGAAGAAUGCGGCAGCCUCGUCGUGAUGUACGACCCAGACGCUCUCCGAGGGAGCCACUGCGGCAGACGUCCGCAAAUGCGACGGCCACCUCUGGGCCGCCAUCGCCCAACUGAGGGUGCAUCGCUGGCCCCGUGGGAUGCAGCGCUCGAAUUGGCCCAGAGCGGCGCCCCUGGCCUCGAGGCUCGGGCCAAAACGCUUACUACCUUGAUGCGCCUUAUGGGUGCUCUGGCGGGUUCUGCUGGAUGGCCUGUGGCAACACAGGCAGAGUGA